AUGCUGCCCAGCCGGGGAAGGGGCUUCGGGGGCCGCCAGAGCCCCGAGCCCGCCAUGUACAGGCACAGGCCCACCUCGGAGUUGACUCAGGACAUCUCCCAUUUGCUGACAAGUGUGUUUAAGAACAUGUAUACUUCAGAGGUGCUUGGAGUGGACACAGUAGAAAAUAUGAUCAAGUCCCGCGGUGGAGACAAUUCCCACCAUGAGCAGUUUGUAGAAGAGCUGCAGAAGGUCCGCGCUGAAUAUAAUAACCGACUGACCGAAGCAGACAUGUUAGAAAGGCAUAUCAUCCAAGCAAGGGCACGGGCCACAGCAGAAGAAGAAAGGAUCCUGAAUUUAUAUAAAGAGGAAGUUCCAGAUGACUACCGUCAUGUGGCAUUGCCACCCGUGAAGUCAACCUUCAGAUGGUGUGUGGAUAAUGAACUCCUUAAAAAGCAUGAUUUGAUUAGCCCUCAAGAUUAUAUCCUGGACCCACCGCUUAUUACCCGAGCACCUAAAGAUGUAUCAGAGCCUAGCUAUUUGAAAGAGAUACUUAGUUUUAAACAGCACAUUUCUGACCAUGCAAAUCCUCCCAGAUUCCAAGAAAACGUGCACAUUGCAAAACUACAGAAAAGUCUACCAGAUGUAUCUUUAUCCAGCUUAACCCUGGACUCAUCGCUUUCUAAUAUUCCAGAUCAAGUUAAGAAACCAUUUUGUAAGAAAUCUAGAUCCUUAAGAAAAUCAGUAUGGAAGAAUGACAUGUCCAGAACAGAAAGACAGAAAGACCGAGCUUUUCUCCAGAGGCUUGAGGAUCGCCACAACUUCCUGAAAAACCCUCGUUUUUUUCCUCCUAACUCACUUCAUGGAGGAAGGUCCUUGAUUUUGCCUCAAAAGAAGAUUAAGCGAAUGAUAGCUGGAGUCAAAAAGACUGUGGUGGAAAGCAAUUCUGAGUCCGUGCCAAUCUUUCUAGCGAACCCACCAGCAGUUGUGUUUUCUUCUUACGAAGUUGGUCAGGUUUAUGAGAUGACUCUGGAGUUACAGAACAUGACCUCAACUUCUCAACGCGUCAGAGUAAUUCCUCCAACUACGUCAGCCUUUUCCAUCGGGUUCGGAAAAUUCCCAGACGAAAGAGGGCUUGUUGCUCCUGGGAUGAGCUGCCACUAUGUGAUCCAGUUUAUUCCUGAGUACCUAGCAGAUUAUGACGAUUAUAUACUGGUAGAGUCGCAAGCAACUUAUCCACUCCUGGUCCCUUUGCAAGGCAGAAGGCCACCGCCUAUCUUGACAUUGCCUCAAGUCUUGGAUUGUGGAGCCUGCCUUGUGGGUGGGGUAAAAUUUACAGAAUUCGAAUGCAAAAAUGAGGGGGAGAGCGUUGGGAAGUUUUGCAUAAUGCCAAAGAAGAUGUGGCCACCACCUCACUUCCGGGCUGUUGCCACUUACGGCUAUGUGGAGCAAGCACCAUUUGGGAUCCGACCUGCAGUUUUUGAGCUUCCUCCGGGUCAUUCCACCCUGGUUGAGGUAGUGUUCAUGCCCAUUUUUCCCGAAGUCCUGUCGGUGACAUACAUCAUCGUUUGUGACAACUGCCAAGUCAAGGAAAUUACAGUGACAGGCCUCGGACAGCUGAUAGCAUUGAAACUUUUAUCUGUUACUGGUGGAGAAAGCUGCCCUAUGCCUGGCGAAUUUACAGAUGUGACAGCGCAACAUCUUGUUCGUUUUACUUCUUUGAAUCCCGAAUCAGUGGCAGAGAAAACUCUGGUUCUAAGAAAUAUCACCCACGUGGAACUUCCUUUUUUCUGGCAGAUAAUGAAACCUAAUUUGCAGCCAUUAAUGUUGGAAGGAAAAGUGGAUUUCAGGAAGAUAAAAUAUGUCUUGGAGACAGAGCCAGCUUUCUCUAUCACUCCUGCCAUGGGAACUCUGAGUCCUCAUUCAGAUCACUCAUUUACUCUCACUUUCUUUCCAAAAAAGUUAAAGGAGUAUCACAGUGUACUUCAGAUUGUGUUACAGAACAUCCCAGAGCUUCCCUGUCCUUCAAAACCGGAACAGUAUGAAAUUGCUGAAAGCAAAGAAGAGGAUGUGAUUGCCCUGGAAAUAGAUAUUAAAGGACGGGCAGAGCCUUUUCAGCUCAUUUUGGAACCCUAUGCCAUUAUCAUUCCAGGAGAACACUACAUUGGUGUAAAUGUUAGGAGAACGUUUAAGAUGUAUAAUAACAGCAAAUCCCCAGUCACAUUUUCCUGGGAGAAAAUCAGUGAAUGCGAUAUAGUUGAAGUUGAACCUUGUACUGGAAAGUUAGCGGCAAAUGAAUGCUGUAAGUUUGAGUUCAUUAUUACUGGAGGGAAACCUGGACAUUCCUGUCAAGAUGUACAUUGCCAAAUCACUCACUCUGCAGAACCGGUUGUACUGCACGUGGAAGCUGACUUUAAGGGGCCUGAACUUUCCAUCGAUGUGCCCUCUCUCGAUUUGGGCCUCAUUAAACUUGGACAAAAAGUGUUAUGCACUUUCGAGAUUGCAAACCUGAGUCAGCUGCCGGGAAAAUGGAAAAUACAGGAAAGCCCUGCUUGCUUAGCCAAAAGGGAUGAAGAGGCCUCUCCGUUCACAGUUCUGCCUCCCAGCGGAGAACUGCAUCCUCUUGGGAAAUGCAGCGUCUCGGUUUUGUUUACCUCAUACAUGUGUCAGCGUCUCCAGACCGUGUUAGAGAUGGAGGUGGAAAAUGGAGUCGGAAGUCACAUUCCUGUGUUUGUGGAAGUUCAGACUCCCCACGUGUGUCUGCUCUCAAGCCAUUUACAUUUCGACCUCUCCAUUGGAAUCCCUGCAGAAGCAACGGUCCAGCUGUUUAACCAGACUCUGCUCCCAACACGCUUCAAGUGGGGGGAGCUCCUUGGAAGGCAGGCAUCUCUCUGUGUACUUUGUAUCUCUCCGGAAAGUGGCACUUUGGGUCCAAAUGAGCAGAAGGAUUUGCGUGUGGUGAUAACGACUAAUACAAAGGACAAACUGAGUGACCUUGCCCUGUGUUGUAGCAUUGAAGAUAUGUUAGAGCCACUCUUUCUGGCUAUUUCUGGUGAAGUAAAGGGACUGCAUGUCACCUACUCUAUACCCUUUGACAGCGAUGAGGAAAAAUCGGAGACUUCUCAAGAGCUGAAACUGGACUUCGGCUCAGAAGUGCCAUUGAAGAACGUGAUAAAGCGUCAGCUGAUCAUCACCAACCAUUCGGAAUUAGCUGCUCUGUUCACAAUAAGCGUCAACUAUUUCAGCAGCUGCUCAUCGCCUUCAGACAAGCAGGGCUCAGAUGCGGAUCUGGCAUUGGAAAAAACGGGACGAAUAACGAGACAGAUCGUAAAGAGAAAGCAGUCAGCCUUCAGAGCAGCCAUGCUGGCUCACGGGAAGGGAGCGGCUUUCCACGUCCACCCCUCCGAAGGAACCUUGAAGGCCUUCCAGGAGCUUAUCGUGGAAAUUACCGCCUAUAACAACAUGUGGGGGCAUUACCAAGACCAUCUCGCCUGCACGGUGGGAGAAUCGGAGCCUGUGCUGAUUCCCAUCCAAAUGACUGUGAAAGGCUGCCCCAUCUUCUUGCAGGUGACAGGACCGGAUCACCCAGUGCCGACACCUGUCAUCAGGUUUGGAGCCCACAUCUCUGGAGGGGAUACGGUCUCCCGCUACAUCCGGCUCAACAACCCCACCCCUUUUGACAUUCGAAUGGACUGGGAAAGUUAUAACCAGGAUAAGGAUGAUGAUAAAUUGGUAGAUCUCUUGGUGUUCUACGGUGAACCUUUUCCAAUUAAAGAACCAGACAGCAAUGAGAUUGAAGUACUCUGGGAGGCUGAAACACUGCUAGAAAAAACAUCUUGCGCUUCAGACUCAUCACCCGCCAACUCCCAGAUUCUAGAUCCCAUCUUCGAAGAUGAGGAAGAAAUAAGUGAUGGUGCAUUUUCACAGUCACCCACGUCUAGGAAAAUCAUCUCUGUGGUCAUCCGGCCUCAUGAAGGGGUGCCCUCGGACUACCCUUUCUGCAUAACACCCAAACAAGUUGUCGUCCCUGCAGGGGGUGCUGCUGCCAUCCACAUUUCCUUUACUCCACUUAUGCUGCCAGAGAUCAUUAAUAAAUUUGAAUGUGAAGGUUUCGCCCUGGGCUUCAUGAGUCUGGACAGUGAGGUCGUCCGGGAGAUCCCGGGAAAAGUAACUCGCAGAGACGGCUAUGCCAUUGCUCCCCUGAGGAUCGAUCUGCAAGCGUUUGUCAAGCCUGCCCUGUUAACCCUUGAAAUGGAUCACGAGAGCGGAUUGGUAUUCAAUCCACUGGCCAGCAGCCUUAUCCCAGAUAUUCCCCUUAAGGGCAUUUUGACAGACGCAGCCUCCACCCUCAACGUGAAACUCACAAACAAUACCCAGACGCCUCUGUCCUUCAAGUUCAUUUUAGCAGCGCCCUUCUCUGUGUCUGGGAUAGACCCGAGAAAGAGCCUGAAAACAUCUCAGAGCGACAGGAAUGAGGGAGGGGAUCGCCUUCUGCUCCAUGCUUUGGAAAACAUGCUGGUGAAAGUGUCUUUCCACACAACCCUCGAGUUACUAACUUACCAGCAUUUUCCAGAGGAUCGGUUGCCGCCUGGGUUUCAAGUGCUCCAGCUUGAAAACGGAGACAAAAUACUAGAGUUUAGGCAAGAUCUAGUUAUUGAAUACGCUAACAAAGCAACACAGGUGCUGCCCAUGACGGCAUUCCUGACUGUGCCCGUACUUGAACUUUCUCGUGAAACAAUUGAUUUCAAGACCUGCCUUGUGAAUGAAACCAAGACCGAAACGGUCUUUGUGAUGAAUACGAGUGGAUGCAGGAGUUACUGGGCAGCUUUGCUGGAUGAAGAUGAGCGACACAAAGAACCCGAAGUGUUCUCCAUCUCCCCAAAUAAUGGCAUCCUUGAAGCUCACAAGUGCAGCACGCCUACGAAAGCACCUCUGCUGCUCCGUUUCACACCCAGGGAGGAUGUGGAUUACGAAACCGUUGUGACAGUGGUUGGAAUGCUGGGAGAGCAACCUUGUCUGCUCUGUGUCCGAGGAAGAGGAUCUUACGACGAGAAGUAUGAAGAGAAGCUCAAAAGCUAACGGCUCCCCCUCACUGUUGGGGCAG